AUGCACGGUCCCGUAGAUUUAUUGAGACCCAACAGCGUCAAAAUGAUAUUGAACUCGUUUUAAAAGAGAAACACUAUCUCAAUUCUCGCGGUGUUACAUCUGAGGUUGCCGAGCAACCACAGAUCAUCAACAAACCCUGCCAAGACGCGCACAUGACAGCGAAAGACUGUAAACAAAUGCAGAAAUUCUGUCUUAAACGAAACAACCAUGUCAUAUAAAGGAUUCGCGAGCCACAGCAGAGUAUCAAAAGAGGACCAGGAGUUUUACGAGUUGAAAAACAAAGCCGCAGAGUAUUACAGGUCCAACGGGGUGCCUCAGAAGAUAGAGAGCGUCUUGAACGAGAUGUUUUGGCAGAAGCCCGAUGAUAUCUACGGUUUUCUGGCAAACUAUUUUUCCAGGCUUUCCUGUUCUCCAGUGAUUAGUAAAAUCACCGGAAGGCAGGUGUUUGACGGAAGAGGAUUGACAGCAGUUCAGACCGAAGUGCACUGCAUCAUCAGAAAUGAAGAAAAGAUGGUGUGCAGUGCGGUGAUGGGGGGCCCUUGUGAUGGUCUGGCUGAGUCAGGAGAGGACCAGCAACAUCUGUCCAACACAACAGCUCUGAAGUGGAUCAGAGAGCAUCUCAGUCCAAUGUUGCAAGGCUUCAACCCCAUGGACCAAAACAGUGUAGACAAAAUACUCAGAGAUUUCUUCAUGGCACGUUACCUGGAGCACAAGGACAGUCUUAACAGAGAGAAGGAGGAGGAGUUGAGUGAUGAAACAGUGUCUGAGGCUCCGCCCCAGGCCACUCCCACACUGGCUCCUGUAAAAGACAAGAAAGGUGGUGAUAAAAGUAAAAAAGGAAACAGCACGGAGAAGCUCCUCCCUCCUGCAGAAGCCCCAGAGCCGAGGCUGCCAGGGGCCACGGCAGUUGCUGUUGUUUCUUUGGCGGUGGCUAAAACCGCGGCCGGACUCUUAGGAGCACCCCUAUACCGACAUAUCACAUCAUUAAGAGUCCAGCAGACUCAGAAUGGGAUGCACUUGCCUGUGCCAAUGAUUACAAUACUGAGCUGUGGAAAGAACUCUGUGGGUAAACUCAACCUUCUGGAGGAGGUCAUCCUUAUGCCCAGCUUGUCGCAAACAGUCAGAGAAGUCAUUGGCAUGGGCCUUGAGCUGCAGUGUGAAAUGAGGAGAGUUUUGAAUGGAUCGGCAUAUAAAGCAGGGCCUAUAGGUGUAUCCGAUGAGGGAGCGUUACAGGUGGGGUUUGAACAUCCCGAACAGGCCCUUGAUCUGGUCACAGAGGCGUGUGCUAACCUGGCAUUGCCUCUCGGUUCUGACCUAGGCUUGGCCAUAAACUGUGCAGCACACGGCCUCAUGGACUAUUCACGUGGGAAGUAUGAGGUAAUGUCAGGCUGUCACAAAUCCCCAGAUGAGUUGGUGGACAUGUACGGGGGGCUGAUUAAUAAAUAUCCAGCAAUCAAAUCUCUCAUUGAUCCUUUCAGGAAAGAGGAUGUCGAGCAGUGGGAGAGACUGGCCUCAGUGAUUGGGCAAACUUGCUGCCUGAUUGCAGAUGCUGCAUUCAAUCUUUCUCCACACUGGAGUGAUGCCAAACCCCUCCCACCUGGGAUCACGGGGGUCAUUCAUAGGCAUCACAAUGAUAUGACCAUCUCUGACCUUAUAAAAAGCAUAGCAGAGCAGAAAGAUGCAGAGACGAUGCUGGCUGCAGGAUGUGGCGAUACAUCAAUUGUUGACUUGGCUGUAGGGUCAGGCGUGUCCUUUCUUAAACUGGGCGGGUUGAGAGGAGGGGAGCGAAUGGACAAAUACAAUCGUCUGAUGGCGAUAGAAGAGGAACUGGAGCAGGAGGGGAACCUGGGUGCUAGAGAAAAAAACAGCCUCUGCCAGAUCUUUCCGAAUCAUUUAACUCUGGAAGCGGCUGUGACCGUCCCUACUAAAUGAUGUCUUGAUGUUACUUCAUCUCCUGUAUGUCUAACAUUUUCACAGUAGGGUUCGUAUGACCCGACUGACAUCAAAAUUCAUAUCAAUUUUAUUUUCACGUCAAAAUGUAUUUUUAGGCGCAAGAUUGUAAAAUGACCCACCUCAUCUAGCAAAAAUAUAUUCUUGUGUGAUAUUUUAGAGCUAAUAGAUGGUGUAUACA